AGAGCAGGGAGGGGGGGUGUCACCAUGACAACAGCGGGGUUGCUAAGGGGAAUGGGACUACUAGUGGAAAGGGGAAGGAGUGUGCAUGCUAUGAGUCUGCUGCAUGCAUGUCGAGCACUGGUAGUGUACGUGCGUGCGCGCGCGUGGUGGAGGGGGUGGGGGAAGGCUGAGUAUUAUGGUCUGUCCGUUGCGAGGUAACUAUGCAGAGUCCUGUGUGAGUGUGGGAGGGGGGGCGGAAUAUUAUGGGAUGUCUGCCCCCUUUGUGUGUUUGUGAGGAUGUUAGCUAAGAUCUGACUAUAAGGCUUGGGGGAGAGAGCAGAGGGGGACGGAGCCGCGUGGUUUGGGGUCAUUUUAUUUGUCCCCCCCUCUUCCCAAAUAAUAGGAAUUAUCAGCCUGGGCUUCACUGAUGAGCAGUUAAAGGUGGCAUCUCUGGCAGAGAACAGCCUGAUUGGGAUCAACUCCCGCGCGCGCAGAGAGAGCACACCUCGAACCGGGACUACACUCUACAGUAAGUUUCCAGCGCGUGAAGCGCCCACUGCCCCCUCCCUUCCUGGACACCCCCGGUCCAUUCUCCACGUCAUUUUUCCCUCCUCCCUCGCCGACUGAGGAGCAAGGUUUACGAGGGAUUAAUUCGACCAGCAAGACACACAUUUGGACGCCGGGAAAAAUGUCGUGCAGCGAGGAGGACAGGGAAGACUUCGGACUCGAUGAUGAGAAUUCACUUCUGCACGAUGAGGAUGAGCCGGAAGAUGCUGUGUCUGACGUAGAGGAGGUACCCAAGUCCAAGAAGAAGAAGAAAGCAAAGAAGAGCAGCCGAGAGAGCAGGAGCAGCAAGAGACAAAGACCCAUCCGAGAGGAGUUGCCAGUCAGCUCCCCAGAGAACCUGAUUGGAAUUGAUGUAGGAGAGGGGGAUGCAGAUGAGUUUGGUAUGCGGUCAGAGAGCGAAGGAAGUGAUUAUGCCCCUGGGAAGAAAAAAAAGAAGCGCUCCAGCUCCGCCAAAGAUAAGAAAAAAGGAGGCGGGGCGGCCGAAAAAGGAGGUUCCAAAAGCAAACGUAAAAACCCAGAACCAGAAGAUGACGACGAUGACGAGGAUGAUUGCCAGCCUAAAAGCUCCACGCAGCUGCUGGAAGCCUGGGGCAUGAAAGACAUUGACCAUGUCUUUACUCAGGAAGACUACAACUCCCUCACCAACUAUAAGGCCUUCAGCCAGUUUGUCAGACCUUUAAUUGCAGCAAAGAACCCCAAAAUAGCUGUGUCCAAGAUGAUGACUUUAAUGAUGGCAAAGUGGCGAGAAUUCAGCACAAAUAACCCCCUGAAGGGUUGUGCUACUGCUAAUGUAGCUCUGGCAGCUGCCAGCGUGGCUGCAACUGUGGAGAACAUGGUGGUUUCAGGGACUGACGGAGCAGAGAGCGUUCCUGCUGCUCCUCCUGUUUCUACCUCUACUCCUGCUGCUCCUGCUGCCCCUGCUGCUGCAGCACCAGCUGCACCCGCAGCCACACCCGCACCUCCUCUUCGCAAAGCCAAGACUAAAGAGGGGAAAGGUCCAAAUGCACGGAGGAGGUCGAAGCCGGCGCCCAAACCUCCUCCGAAGCAGAAACCCAAAAAAGUGGCUCCUCUGAAAAUCAAACUAGGAGGCUUGAACAGCAAAAGGAAGCGCUCGUCUAGUGAUGAAGAUGAGCCUGAUAAUGACAGCGACUUUGAUGAUGGGAAUUACUCUGUGUCAGAUGGCUCCAACCGCAGCAGUCGUCUAAAGAAAAAAGCCAAGAGCGCAAAGAAAAAGAAGAAAGUGGAGACAGAAGAUGGUGAUGGAUACGAGACCGACCACCAGGACUACUGCGAGGUCUGCCAACAGGGAGGAGAGAUCAUUUUGUGUGACACCUGCCCCAGAGCGUAUCACAUGGUCUGUCUGGACCCUGACAUGGAAAAGGCCCCAGAGGGCAAGUGGAGCUGUCCACACUGUGAGAAGGAGGGGAUCCAGUGGGAAGCGAGGGACGAUUUGUCUGACGCCGAAGGGGAGGAUGAUGACGACAGGAGGGACGAAGGGCUGGAGGAGGAGGAUGAUCACCACAUCGAGUUUUGUCGCGUGUGCAAGGAUGGCGGCGAGCUGCUCUGCUGUGACACCUGCCCCUCCUCGUACCACAUCCACUGCCUCAACCCUCCUCUUCCUGAGAUCCCCAACGGAGAAUGGAUCUGCCCCCGCUGCAAGUGUCCACCGAUGAAGGGAAAAGUCCAGAGGGUUUUAACUUGGCGAUGGGGUGACCCCCCGCCCCCCACUCCUGUCCCACGGCCUCCUGACCUCCCUGCGGAUGCCCCCGAUCCUCACCCUCUGAUGGGCCGCAGAGAGAGGGAGUUCUUUGUCAAGUGGUGUAACAUGUCGUACUGGCACUGCUCCUGGGUGAAGGAGCUGCAGUUGGAGCUGAACUGCCAGGUGAUGUUCCGCAACUACCAGAGGAAGACUGACAUGGAUGAACCGCCUCCUGUGGACUUUGGCGGCGAGGGGGACGAUGACAAAAGCACCAAAAGGAAGAACAAAGAUCCUCUCUUUGUCCACAUGGAGGAAGAGUUUUGCCGUUUUGGAGUCAAGUUGGAGUGGUUGAUGAUCCACCGUGUCCUUAACCACAGUGUUGAUAAGAAGAACAACGUCCACUAUCUCAUCAAGUGGAGAGAUCUGCCUUAUGACCAGUCAACCUGGGAGAGUGAAGACAUGGACAUUCCUGAGUUCGAUCCCUACAAACAGACAUACUGGAAUCAUAGAGAGCUGAUGAUGGGCGAGGAGGGAAGACCUGGCAAAAAACUCAAAAAGCAAGUCAAAGUGAAAAAGGCAGAACGUCCUCCUGCAAAUCCAAUUGUGGAUCCGACUAUCAAGUUUGACCGGCAGCCCGAGUACCUGGACAGUACAGGCGGAACGCUGCACCCGUACCAGCUGGAAGGGUUGAACUGGCUGCGGUUCUCCUGGGCUCAGGCCACAGAUACCAUCCUGGCUGAUGAGAUGGGUUUAGGAAAAACUGUUCAGACGGCCGUUUUCCUCUACUCCUUAUAUAAAGAGGGUCAUUCCAAAGGUCCCUUCCUGGUCAGCGCUCCUCUCUCCACCAUCAUUAACUGGGAAAGAGAGUUUGAAAUGUGGGCUCCUGACAUGUACGUGGUUACCUAUGUCGGCGACAAAGACAGCAGGGCUGUAAUCAGAGAGAACGAGUUUUCCUUUGAAGGGAAUGCCAUCAGGGGAGGAAAAAAAGCCUCAAAGAUGAAGAAAGAUUCUCCGGUUAAAUUCCACGUUUUGCUGACAUCCUAUGAGUUGAUCACUAUUGACCAAGCUGUGCUGGGCUCCAUUGAAUGGGCUUGUCUGGUUGUGGACGAGGCUCACAGGCUCAAGAACAACCAGUCUAAGUUCUUCCGAUUGUUGAAUAACUACUCACUUCAGCACAAGCUGCUGCUGACAGGCACUCCUCUUCAGAACAACCUAGAAGAGCUUUUCCACUUACUGAACUUCUUGACGCCCGAAAGAUUCAAUAACUUGGAAGGUUUCCUGGAAGAAUUUGCAGACAUUGCAAAAGAGGACCAGAUCAAGAAACUCCACGACAUGCUUGGACCACAUAUGCUCAGGAGACUAAAAGCCGACGUAUUCAAACACAUGCCUUCAAAGACGGAGCUGAUUGUUCGAGUGGAGCUUAGCCCCAUGCAGAAAAAAUACUACAAGUUUAUUCUAACGCGUAACUUUGAGGCCCUGAACACUCGUGGAGGUGGAAACCAAGUCUCUCUGCUUAAUGUCGUCAUGGACCUCAAAAAGUGCUGCAAUCACCCCUACCUCUUUCCAGCAGCUGCCACUGAAGCACCAAAACUUCCAAACGGCAUGUAUGAGGGGGCUGCUCUGACCAAGGCUUCGGGUAAGCUCAUGCUGCUUCAGAAGAUGAUGAAGAAACUGAAGGAAGGAGGCCACAGAGUCCUGGUUUUCUCCCAAAUGACCAAAAUGCUCGACUUGCUGGAAGACUUCCUGGAGAACGAGGGAUAUAAAUACGAGAGGAUAGAUGGAGGGGUCACUGGAAACAUGAGACAGGAGGCCAUCGACCGCUUUAACGCUCCUGGAGCUCAGCAGUUUGCCUUCCUCCUCUCAACCAGAGCUGGCGGUUUAGGCAUUAACCUCGCCUCUGCUGACACCGUCAUCAUCUACGACUCUGACUGGAACCCUCACAAUGACAUCCAGGCGUUCAGUAGAGCUCACCGUAUUGGGCAGAACAGGAAAGUGAUGAUUUAUCGCUUUGUUACCAAAGCUUCUGUUGAAGAGAGGAUCACACAGGUGGCAAAGAAGAAGAUGAUGCUUACUCAUCUCGUAGUGAGACCUGGUCUCGGCUCCAAGACCGGAUCCAUGUCAAAGCAGGAACUUGACGACAUUCUGAAGUUUGGCACUGAGGAACUUUUCAAGGAUGAAGCUGGAGACGGUGAGAAAACUGUAGAAUUCCUUCAUGAUCCUCCUUUAGAUACUCGUUCAAAUAAAUCAGUCUCCACAUUUAUGGGAGUACGAACUACAAAUCCAGCUGUACUUUCAAUGGAAGAUGUUUCCAAAGUUAAAUCAAAUGCUAUUUUGUCUUUAGGGGACAACAAAGAGGAUGACAGCAGUGUGAUCCACUACGAUGACCAGGCCAUUUCCCGUUUGCUGGACCGGAACCAGGAUGCCACAGACGACACUGAGAUCCAGAGCAUGAACGAGUACCUCAGCUCCUUCAAGGUGGCUCAGUAUGUGGUCAAAGACGAGGACGACGAGGAGGAGGUGGAAAGAGAGGUGAUCAAGCAAGAGGAGAGUGUGGAUCCGGACUACUGGGAGAAGCUGCUGCGGCAUCACUAUGAGCAGCAGCAGGAAGACCUCGCCCGUAACCUGGGCAAAGGCAAACGAACUCGUAAACCGGUCAACUACAAUGACGGUUCCCAGGAGGACCGAGACUGGCAAGAGGACCAGUCGGAUAACCAGUCGGACUACUCCGUGGCCUCAGAGGAGGGUGACGAGGACUUUGAUGAACGCAGUGAAGCCAACGCCCGCAGACCGAACCGCAAAGGGCUGAGGAACGACAGGGACAAACCUCUGCCUCCACUCUUGGCCAGGGUUGGUGGGAACAUUGAGGUCCUGGGCUUCAAUGCACGGCAGAGGAAGGCUUUCCUGAAUGCAGUAAUGCGUUAUGGGAUGCCGCCCCAGGAUGCGUUCACAAACCAGUGGCUGGUCAGGGACCUGCGAGGAAAAUCAGAAAAAGAGUUCAAGGCGUACGUUUCUCUGUUUAUGCGGCACCUUUGCGAGCCAGGAGCUGACGGAGCGGAGACCUUUGCGGACGGCGUUCCUCGAGAGGGUCUGUCAAGGCAACACGUGCUCACACGCAUCGGUGUGAUGUCACUUAUCAGGAAAAAGGUGCAGGAGUUCGAACACGUGAACGGUCAGUGGUCCAUGCCCUGGAUGGCAGAGCUGGAGGAAAACAAAAGGGCUGCUGCUUUGGCUGCUGGUGAAGACCCCAAAACUCCUUCCACCGGGACCCCUGCAGACACGCAGCCAAACACACCUAUCCCAGAGGAUUUGUCUAAAUCGGAGGACAAAGACGACAUGAAGAAAGAUGGAGAAGAUUUCAAAGCUCCUAAGAAGGGAGAAGACCCAGAAAUCAUCGAAAUCCCAGAUGAGUCUGAGAAGUCUCCUGUCCUCGAAAAGAAGGACGACUUCACGGCCAGCAAGGAAGAGAAGGACGAAGAGGAUGAAGGAAAGGAGAUGGAAGCAGAAGACAUGAGCUUAAAGAAAGAGGAGAAGUCUGCCUCAGAAAAAGAGUCUUCUGCGAACAUUAAGGUUGAAAGUUCAGAUGGAAAGAUGGAUUCAGAGGAGGACAAGUCUAAAGCCGAAGAAGGCAAAGAUGAGAAGAUGGACACUUCUUCCACCGCAGAGGAGAAAAAAGAACAAGAGGAGAAGGACGGAGGAAAACUGGAGGAGUUGGGGAAGCUGCAGAACGGAGAGAACGCCAAAGACGGAGGAGCAGCUGCUCCGGCAGUGAACAUCAGUGAAGAGAAGAAAAAAGCCACAAAGCAGAGGUUCAUGUUCAACAUAGCUGACGGCGGCUUCACAGAGCUCCACUCUCUCUGGCAGAAUGAAGAAAGGGCCGCAACCGUCACGAAGAAGACUUACGAAAUUUGGCACCGUCGCCAUGACUACUGGCUUUUGGCUGGAAUCAUACAACAUGGCUACGCUCGAUGGCAGGAUGUUCAGAACGAUGUGCGGUUCGCCAUCAUUAACGAGCCCUUCAAAGGAGAGAUGAGCAGAGGGAACUUCCUGGAGAUCAAGAACAAGUUUCUUGCUCGGAGGUUCAAGUUAUUGGAGCAGGCGCUAGUUAUCGAGGAGCAGUUGCGCAGGGCAGCGUACCUGAACAUGACCGAGGACCCGGCCCAUCCCUCCAUGGCGCUCAACACUCGCUUCAGUGAGGUAGAGUGUCUCGCCGAGUCCCAUCAGCACCUCAGCAAGGAGUCCAUGUCUGGAAACAAGCCUGCCAAUGCAGUGCUUCAUAAAGUUCUCAAACAGCUCGAGGAACUGCUCAGUGACAUGAAGGCCGACGUCACUCGUCUCCCAGCAACCAUCGCCAGGAUACCUCCGGUGGCCGUGAGGCUGCAAAUGUCUGAGAGGAACAUCCUGAGCCGGCUGGCCAGCCGGGGUCCUGAGGUCACAGCUCAGAACCAGUCACAGACUUCCCAGCAGAUGCAGGUCCCUCGCUGAACAAAAAAAAACGAAAUAAAAACCUCUCCUCCGAGGCUAGUUUCUCCACCUCACCGCCAUGUAGCAGAUGUUCUCCCCUCAACCGCCACCAACCACGCAGCCGGGUUAGUCUGUCUCACUCUGCGUCGAUAACUCCCCCCUCCACCCACGCCUGGAAGAGCUUCAGCUGCACGGCUGGACUCGACCUGUGUGGGACACUGGGAGUGAACGGAAGCAUAACGUCAUUCUCUCUCGCCCAAUCAAGCGCUUUUCCUCUAUCUGGGAUCGGAUUCAACCGCCGGCCAAACUGACAGCAGGGUCAAAUGUGUGUCACAUGUGAAUACUUAGGCAGACGACUGACUGGAGCGGAAGCGGCACGCGUGGAGUACACUGAUGCUUUUUAGUAACUUUGGGGUUGUUGAAGAGUUCAGGGGUUUGUAUCGUGUUAUUUUCCCCUUUAGGAGCGUGUGAAAGGAUCCGUUAGGAGUUAUAUAAGUAUAUUGUUCUCGCCAGUACGCGUGCGUCGAGAGGAAGUGCUCGUUGAUGUAUUAAACAUGACAUAUUGAUGUGCAUCUCUACUGCAGAACGGCCGCUCACAGAGACUGUUACUGUCACUUUUGCAUCAGUCCGUCUGUCUCCCAUCUGUGUCUUCUAUCCCUCCAUCCAUCUGGGAUCAGCGCUUUGUGCAAACUACACCUUGACAUUCCUAAUUUGUUUCCUGAAAUAGAAACAGAAUAGGUCCACAGCUUUUAGGUACACGUUUUAAGAAUUAUAUCUUGAGUUUCUGUAUUUUUUUCCCCAUUGUCUGUUGUUAUGUUGUUUUACAUUAAUAAUUAUUAAUAUUAUUGUUAUCACUUUGUUGUUUUUAUUGUUGCUGUUUGUUUUUAAGGACUGCAAUAAAAGGUCAACAAUUUCUC